CAAACUUCUUUAUACCCAUAGCCCUCACGAUAGAUCGCCUUUCCACCUCUUCGAAUACGACUAGUUCGAGCCUGUGUUCAUUAAAGGUUUCACUCCAAGAAUUCUUGUAAGCUUAGGCUUGAGAUACACUCAACAUGUCCCGUCAUCAUCCCGAUCUAGUUAUGUGCCGCAAGCAAACCGGUAUAUCUAUUGGUCGUCUCUGCGACAAAUGUGACGGGAAAUGUCCAGUGUGCGACAGCUACGUUCGGCCAACGACUCUCGCUCGCAUCUGCGACGAAUGUUCCUUUGGCAACUAUCAGAACAAAUGUGUCGUAUGUGGUGGUGAGGGCAUCUCCGACGCCUUCUAUUGUUUCGAAUGUACGCGCCUCGAGAAAGACCGCGAUGGGUGCCCGAAGAUUAUAAACUUGGGUAGUUCGAGGACAGAUCUGUUCUACCAGAAGAAAAAUUUCAGAAAUCAACAGUAUUGAUCUCUGGACUUCGCGCCACCCUAGACCGACGCUGUUUCGAACAACAUAAUACCAGAUAGAGAGCCAACAGGCGAGGAAGACAAACCACAUGUUUGUGACGAGGUCUUACCACAUUUUGAUCGCAGCAUACCUGUUUACGAGGUUAUGCGGACCGCUUUGCGCCUCAUUGAUCCCAAGGAUGCGCAGAUGAGGCGAUUGUGAGUGGAUUUGAAAGCGAGAGGGUUGGAAUUUGCUUUCACAGUAGGCUAUCUCAUGCUUGACUAGACUAUC